AUGUUCUUUAUAAAAAAAUUAACACACACAAUUCAACUACAUCCUUCAUUUUUCACACAAAAUUUUAAUAAUUAUUUAGCUGCAAGGUUAUAUGCAGAUGUCGAAGGAAAAUGUUCUGGAAGAUUUGGUUAUGUGAUUUGUGUGUUAGAUACUAUAGAGAGUUUAGACAUUUCUAAUGGAAAAGUUAUACCUUCACAUGGAAUAGCUGAAUUUGAGGUAAAUUAUAGAGCUGUUGUUUAUAAACCUUUUAAAGGAGAAGUGGUGGAUGCUAUAGUCAGUCAAGUUAAUAAAAUGGGAUUUUUUGCAGAUGUUGGUCCUUUACAAAUUUUUGUGUCUAGUCAUUUAAUUCCUCAAGAUCUUACAUUUGACUCAAGUCGGAAUCCACCAGCUUUUGUUGAAAAUGAAAAUACAGUACUAGAAAAAGGCAGUCAUGUAAGGAUCAAAAUAGUCGGAACAAGGUUUGAUGCAACUGAUAUU